AUGAUGAUGAUGGAAUUGGAUCCAAACGAACUGGACCGCUAUAUCGGCGGCGACAACACUCACCAGUACACGAUGCCCCAUACUAUGGCUGUUAGAACUACAGGUCCCCGAGGAAUGAACGGGGCUAGUCCUGCUGAACAGCAGCAUCAGCAACAGCAGCAGCAGCAACAGCAGCAGCAGCGACCUGGGCCUGGCCUCAGGCGGGCAUCAACCCCCGGCAUGGUAGGAGUCGGUAUGGACGAGAUUGUAGCAGAGAACGCUCGCGAGCUGCGACGGAGAUCUCUGGCUAAUGGAUAUAAUAUGGAUUUUAUGAGUGAUCACGACUCGUUUUCACGCAUGGUCAGUCCAUCGGCGUAUAGCAACACGGAACUCAGCCAGAUGGGAGGCGACAUGGGCCGGUUACCAACGACCAUGGAGUCGUACUCGGAGAUGGACUCGUCGACACCCGAACUCAGCGCUGUGGGCAUGAUGGGGGUUGGCAGCAUUUCGGGCCCCGAGAUGCAGGCCUCGAUGACCGCGAUGUUCGCCGAUCCGCAGCAGAUUUUGACGGGGACUUCGCAUUCUAGCCCCGUGACCAGCGCCCUCACAGUGUCCGUUCCUCCCAGUCCAGUAGGUCCGCAGAUGCCAGGCAGUCCUCUUGGGCCAAAUGGCCAUCGAAUGUCUGUCGAUUCCUUAACCUCCUCUCCUAUGACUCAAAUGCACAUGUCCCAAAUGUCGGGUGCAACAAUGGAUCAAGUCUUGGUUGAUCCAAUGGGAGGGAUGAGUCCAUCCUCACCAUAUACUCCGAUGGGGAUGAAGGCACAUCAAGCGAUGUUCUCGGAUAACGUAUACUCAGCGACUGGCUUUGAUAUGCUAGGUGUCCUGUACCGAGUAGCCAAUAGACCUAACCCACAAAUCAAUAUCGGAGCGGUCGAUUUCUCGUGCUCUUUUGUCGUGACGGAUGCCCGAAAAUUCGAUAACCCGAUCGUUUAUUGCAGUGCCACCUUCGAACGCUUGACCGGAUACACAAAGCAUGAGAUCCUUGGACGAAAUUGUCGUUUCCUACAAUCACCCGAUGGCAAGUGUCCCCAGGGAGUCAAGAGAAAGUAUGUAGACGACGAUGCAGUAUUCUACCUAAAGAACCAGAUUGAUGCCAAGAAGGAAGGCCAGACAUCUCUCAUUAAUUACCGCAAGGGUGGACAGCCCUUCACAAAUCUCCUGACAAUGAUCCCAAUUACAUGGGAUGGGCCCGAGAUUGUGUACUUUGUUGGUUUCCAGGUUGAUCUUGUGGAGCAGCCUGGGGCCAUGAUGAACCGAAAUAAAGACGGAUCGUUUGCGAUCAACUAUCAAUACAACCAACUCCCCUCCUACAUCCCGGCAUCGACAGCCAUGGUUAUGGAUCAGAGAUCUGGAUUGACCGUGGCCAGGGACGACGUUUCACAAGUUCUAACCUCUUUCGGAACGGGCGAAUCGGAAUUCCAUUCAAAAAGGAUCUUAGACAAGGUCCUAUUGGAGAACACGGACGACGUUGUUCAUGUUCUUUCCUUAAAAGGACUCUUCCUCUACUGUUCACCCAGCAUCAGAAAGGUUUUGGAGUAUGAGCCACAGGAACUUGUCGGAACAAGCUUGUCAGCAGUUUGUCACCCGAGCGACAUUGUACCGGUUACAAGGGAUCUCAAAGAUACAUCUACCAGCACUUCCGUUAAUGUGGUUUUCAGGAUUCGCCGAAAGUACAGUGGGUAUACAUGGUUUGAGAGUCAUGGGACUUUGCACACAGAACAAGGGAAAGGAAGAAAAUGCAUUAUCUUGGUUGGGCGGGAGAGGCCGGUUUACAAGUUGGGAUGGAGAGAUAUUCAGUUAAGUGGGGGAAUUGGGGAGAAUGAGCUAUGGACCAAGAUGUCAACAAGUGGAAUGUUUCUCUUUGUUUCGUCCAACGUCAAGAUUCUACUCGACAGAGAGUCCGACGAAAUGACUGGAACCAGUAUUCAAGCACUCAUGCGACCAGAUUCGAAGCAUGAACUUGGAAGAGCUUUGGAACAGGCAAGAUCAGGGGUCAAGGCUACGGUGAAGCAUGAGAUCCAGAACAAGAGAGGCCAAUUUUUGCAGGCUCUGACAACUCUCUUCCCCGGGGAUGCCGCUGAGAACCGAAAGCCCACCUUCUUGAUUGCCCAGACGAGGCUCUUGAAACACACUAGAGCUUCUGCAGGAAGCCCAAGUGCCAAGGAUAUGGCUUCAGCAGCAUCCACGCCAUCUCACUGGAGCAACCGAUCGCCACUCCAGACACAACACAGCAGGAAUCUUGGUGACACAACACCCGCCCACGACUCACGAGAAAAUAGUGCGGAAAAUGGCGGUGAUGAAAAUUUGUUUGAAGAACUCAAGACCACCAGAUCAACGAGUUGGCAAUUUGAGCUGCGACAAAUGCAAAGGACAAAUAAAAGACUCGUAGAAGAGCUCGCCAGCCUACUCGCACUCAGGAAGAAGAGAAAGCGGAGAAAGGGCGUAGAUCAGCUUGAGAAAGAUUGUGCCAAUUGCCAUACAAGGGUUACCCCCGAAUGGCGAAGAGGCCCUAGUGGCAAGAGAGAUCUGUGCAACUCUUGCGGAUUGCGUUACGCCAAACUCAUUGGUCGAGUAUCGCCGCGGACUGCCACCUCCACCUCCGACAAAGGAAAUACCAGCCCCACUCAAAGUUCACCGAUCACAACGCACUCCAUUGGAGACUCUCCCCAUCCUGGAUUGUCAUCACCGCACAAACCGACGGGCAUGAACCCAAUCCCGCUAUCGCCAAUCCAACAGCAAUUGAGACGAGGGAGCACUGCGAGCAGUAGCAACAAUACUAUGACACCUAUUCAACCACAUCCUAUUUUACCACCUAAUAGCAAAUUGAACGGAAGCAUGACCCCAAAUAGUAACAUGAACGGGGGUAUGAGUGGCAGUAUGACACCAAACGGGAACAUGAACGGGAACAUGAAUGGAAACGUGGACAUUGACAUGACAACGAAUGGUACUUGA